UGGAGCAGUUUCUACCUGGACAACAGAGAGUCAUUAAAUAAUGGCGUUAUAGUUGGACUUUAGAGUGCUCUCAUCGACUACAUUGACAGAAAUUAAUCGGUUUCGGUCAGCAGGUAGCGUUAUGAGCCAGCCACCACGUUCAAACCGGGGACACCGGGAGAGAAACGGGGACCACCGACAUCAACGAGACUCUCGCGAUGACAGACGUUCAUCACCCGACAGUUCCUCGUCUCGACCCCCAUACUACCCCAGAGAGGCCGACUCCCCUCCCAAACAUGUGCGGGAAGUCCCUCGAGUGGAGCACCAUGAGUCCAAAUGUUCACACAUUUGCUCCAGGAGAGGCAUCAUGCUGAUCUGCUCUAUACUGACCAACAGCCUGGUCCUGAUCUGCUUGGUUGCAGCUCAGAUGGUGACAUCGGGCAUGUCCUCCAGGGGCGGUUUGGGCGGCUUCGACAUCAACUCCAACUUUAACAUGCAGGGCACCGAGCUGCAGAAGGUGCGAGACCUGGACAUGCAGUACAGCACGAUGAGGGCGCCGGGCGUCUACGGCGGCAUCCCCUUCAGCCUCAUCUUCGGGGUCCUCUCGCUGCUGUUCGUGGUUUCCGGGAACAAACCGGCCCACCAGAUGUCCCGGAAGCUUCUGUACGGAGCGGUGGUGUUCCAGGGGGUGGGUGCAGUGGUCUACGUGGUGGCAGUGGGGCUUUACCUCCACUUUAUCAUCAGGGUCAACGCAACGGAUGUGUGCAAGCAGCGCGAGAGGCUGUACGCCCGGAAUGGCUACACCUGGAUGAGCUGUGACGUGGGCGGGGCCGACGCAGGCGUGGCUCUGUUCGGGCUCAUCACAGCCAUCCUGUACACCGCCGGCACGGUGCUCACCGUCCAGACGAUCCGAGGGGUGAGGCGCUACCUGCAGGAGAGAAAACGCAGGGAGGCGGAGAAGCAGCAGGCCCGAGCCCACCCACAGAGAGCCCCGCUGAGGGCCGACACCACCGCUGUGUGAGAGGUCAGAGAAUGGACACCUGAUAAGAGGAGCGUGCUACUAAUGGGACAGAGGGUUUCUGGUAGCAAGAAGCUGGCUCACUUUUUUACCUGGGAUAGAUCACUAUGGAAACAAACAGUAUGCGGCAGGUUACCAGGCUAUGUUCAGAGCAUCAGAUCGGCCAUAACUCCUACAAGAUCCUGAGGUGGAUAAAGUACAAAGUUUACAAUAACGUCUUAUCUGACAGAAGCUCUGCUAAUAAAUCAGGGGCUGUAAAAACUAGCCACAGCCCGGCUACAGCAGUAACCGUAUCCAUGAUACAAGCUUUACAAACAGGCACAGCCCAAACCAUGUCCUCCGUCACAGCUCCACUCACAGCCAGAUGUAACCAGCUACAGCUGUGGUCAUGGUGGCUGCAAACCUUUAGAGCUCAACCUUUCUCUAUGGAUGAUGGGAAAAGCAAGUUUCAGAGAAAAAAAAAUCCCACCAUGACCUUUAGGGCAUCUGUAGUAUACCAUGAUAAUUAUGUCAAAGAUAGAAGAAACAUUUCUUGCCCAACAAUGUGUAGAGAAAGAUAGAUUCUUACAUUCACACUCCAGGGAAUUAUGCUUAUAGCUGCCUAUUGUUUUACGUUUCUUUCAUGCUUUUACACUCUAAUUCCAUCACUGCAGCUCAGGAUGACAUAAAUAUUUAAGCUUUUUAGAUUUGAUGAGAUAACUGGAAAUAAAAUACCCUCAGUCAUUCUUUAUCAGGACAAAAUCCACACAGAAUUAUAAGUACA